UAGAAAGACGCUUAGAUGAUGAAAAGAAAGCUUUAUAUGAACAGUUAAUAAAAAAAGUCGAAGAAUGUAAUUUAUGUCUGUAUGCUAAGGUAUACUGGCUUGGAACAGCUGUCAGGGAAGAGGAAGUGAUUGAUAUUUGUCUUCCAAAAACUGCUAUAGUUAAUGAAAUUUUUAAAAUAAUUAUAAACAAACUAGCAUUAAGACCUACUAGUAAAAUUAGAUUAUAUGAUGUCUUACAUUGCAAAAUUCAAAAAGAAUAUGUUACUAACGAUCCAAUAGAUUUGAUACAGGAAAAUAUUACGUUAUACGCGGAGGAAAUACCACAAGAUGAAAUCGAACUAGGUGCUAAUGAUAAAGUUAUUCAAAUAUAUCAUUUUAUUAAGAAACCGUUACGCACGCAUGGAAUUCCAUUUAAAUUUGUUAUUAAUGCUGAUGAGCAUUUCUCUAAGACAAUGUUGCGUCUUAGAAUACGGUUAGGAAUGAACGAAAAAGAUUUCUCGAAAGUAAAAGGUGCGGUCGUACAAGCGCAAUCAUUUGCUAAGUUUCAGUAUAUAGAUGAUAAAGUUAUUUUAUCGGAUUAUGGAUUAACAGAUGAACUUCUAGGUCUUGAUCUUGUUGAUCCAAAUUGGAUUGCUGGAUCAUGA